AUGAGCGCAUCACAGCCUUCCGGCGGGACUGCCUCUGCCAAGAGACCCAACUUCUUGGUACGGCCGUCUUCAAGCUCCUCAUCCACCUCAUCAUCAACCUCAUCAUCCAUGAUCAUCAUCCAUGAUGCCUGCUGACCCUCUCAUGUCAGGUCAUCGUCGCCGAUGAUCUGGGCUGGAGCGACCUCAGCUGUUUCGGCGGCGAGAUUCGCACCCCGAACCUCGACAAGCUGGCCAGCAAUGGCUUGAGAUUCACCGACUUCCACGCCGCCGCUGCGUGCUCGCCAAGUAGAGCCAUGAUCAUGACGGGAACCGACCACCACAUCGCCGGCCUGGGUAACUUGAUCGAGUGGACCAAUCGCUCCGAUCAGAAUGCCCCCUCCCAAGGCGAAAUCAAGUACUGGGGCACUGCUCCUCAACGCGGCAUGCCGGGGUACGAGGGUUACCUCAAUGAACGUGUAGCUGCCUUGCCCGAGCUCCUCCACGAUGCGGGCUAUCUGACCCUGAUGGCUGGCAAGUGGCACUUGGGCCUCACGCCAGAACGCUCCCCUCACAGCCGGGGAUUCGAGCGCAGCUUUGCCCAUUUACCCGCUUGCUCAAACCAUUACGGAUACGAGCCGCAGCUCGAGGCUCCAGACCGGAUUCCCGACUUCAUGACCAUGUCCUUCAUCGCUUUACACUCAGAAGACGGUGAGUACGUCAAGAAGCUGCCAGACGGGUGGUACAGCACCGAAGGCUAUGGCAACAAGAUGCUUCAGUACCUCAAAGACCGCCACGAGCAGAAGGAUGACCGCCCUUUCUUUGCCUACUACCCAUUCACUGCCCCACAUUGGCCACUUCAGGCUCCCGAUGAGUACAUCGCCCACUACAAGGGUGUCUAUGAUGAGGGCCCAGAGGUGCUGCGGCAGAAGCGUCUGCAGAGAAUGAAGGACAUGGGUCUGUGUCCAGAGGAAGUGGUACCGCAUCCUGUUGUGGCCGAUGAGGUCAAGGAAUGGAAGGAUCUGACUCCAACGGAGAAGGAGAAGUCGUGCAAGGCCAUGGAGGUCUUCGCAGCUAUGGUGGAGUGCAUCGAUCACAACGUCGGCAAAGUGGUCGAUUAUCUCGAAGAGACUGGAGAGCUCGAGAAUACUUUUGUUUGCUUCAUGUCUGACAACGGCGCCGAAGGAGCUGCAUACGAGGCGUAUCCCAUCGUACAGAGCACCAUGCUGGGUCAUCUGAAGAAGUACUACAACAACUCGCUUGAGAAUCUUGGCCGUGGCGACAGCUUCAUCUGGUAUGGUCCGCGCUGGGCUCAAGCCGCGACCGCUCCAAGCAGACUCUACAAGGCCUUCACCACGGAGGGCGGAGUGCGUGUUCCCUUUCUCGCCAGAUUUCCCACCGGUAUGAGCGUCCGAGCAGACGGCGAAGCAAUGACUUCUGGACCAAUCCGAGCCAGCAGUACCGGCUCGCACGUCACCAAUGAAAAGGGAAGCAUCACGAGUACUUUCAGCACGGUCAUGGACCUCGCACCCACCAUUCUCGAAAUGGCCGGCGUCAAGCAUCCCGCCCCUCGCUUCCAAGGGCGCGAAGUCGUCGGCAUGCGCGGCAAGAGCAUGCUCCCCUACCUCAACGGGACAGCGCCCUCGAUCCAUCCCGCAGACUUCAUCAACGGCUGGGAAACCUGCGGACGGGCAGCCGUUCGCUGUGGCGAUUGGAAGAUCGUCUUCAUCCCCAAGCCGAAAGGGCCGGAGAAAUGGCAACUCUACAACCUCAAGAAAGAUCCGGGCGAGGUGGAAGAUCUCGCGGAGCAGGACCCGCAGCGGCUGCAGAGGAUGAUCAAGAUGUGGGAUCAGUAUGUCUUGGAAUGCGGUGUCAUCCCGCUCGCGCCCGCUCUGGGCAACUGGAUCGCGGCUACCGAGGCGCAGAUGCCCGAGGAUGCGUGGAUGGAGUAUGAGUAUUGGAAGGAAGGGGCCCGGGAUGAGCCGGAGAAGUUCACCAAGAACAUCCCGCGGUUCGAGAGGAGCGUGCGAGCAAUUUAG